ACUUUGAUGGGGACUUCGACAUUAAGCAGGGAAAAUGCCUGUGAUGAAAGGAUUACUUGCACCGCAGAACACCUUUCUGGACACUAUAGCAACGCGCUUUGAUGGCACUCAUAGUAACUUCAUACUGGCCAACGCUCAGGUCUCCAAGGGGUUCCCCAUCGUCUACUGCUCUGAUGGCUUCUGUGAGCUCACAGGUUUCUCCAGGGCGGAGGUUAUGCAAAAGAGCUGCGCGUGUAAGUUCCUGUACGGCCCUGAAACCAGCGAAAGCAUCAUCCUCAGCAUUGACGAUGCCUUGGAGGGACGCAAUGAGUUCAAGGAUGAGAUCAUGUUUUAUAAAAAGACAGUGCUGCUCUUCUGGUGCCUGCUGGACAUUGUACCAAUUAAGAAUGAGAAGGGAGACGUGGUGCUUUUUCUGGCUUCUUUUAAGGACAUCACUGACAUUAAAGCUAAAGCCAUCCAAGACGACAAGAAGGAAGAGCGGCGGCGUGGCCGGAUCAAGACACGGUCACCGUUCAGCUCGACUCGCAUGCGGAGCAGCACAGUGCUCUACCACGUCUCCGGGCACCUCCACAGCAGAGAGAAAGGCAAAAUUAAGCUCAAUAAGAAUGUAUUCGGUGACCCUCCUGCCCUCCCAGAGUACAAGGUAGCAGACGCCAAAAAGUCCAAAUUCAUCCUGCUGCAUUACAGCACGUACAAGGCCGGCUGGGAUUGGUUGAUCCUGCUGGCCACUUUCUACGUGGCGGUCACCGUGCCGUACAACGUGUGCUUCAUUGGCGAUGACGACGACCUGACUCGCAGCACAACCGUCAGCGACAUCGCCGUGGAGAUUCUAUUUAUCUUGGAUAUUGUUUUCAAUUUCCGCACCACCUAUGUCAGCAAGUCCGGGCAGGUGAUCUUUGACGCUCGACAGAUUUGCAUUCACUACCUGACCACCUGGUUCAUCAUCGACCUGGUGGCCGCUUUGCCCUUUGACCUGCUUUAUGCCUUCAAAGUCAGCGUGGUGUCUGUAGUGCACUUGUUAAAAACGGUGCGCCUGCUGCGUUUGCUGCGCCUCCUCCAGAAAAUGGACCGCUACUCUCAGCACAGCACCGUGGUCCUGACCCUGCUAAUGUCCAUGUUUGCCCUGCUGGCCCACUGGAUGGCCUGCAUCUGGUACAUCAUCGGAAAAAUGGAGAUGGAGGCCAACGCCUACAACUGGGAUAUUGGAUGGCUGCACGAGCUGGCCAAGCGCCUGGAGUCGCCGUACUACGCCAUCGGAAACGUGAACAGCACCACCAGCGGCCCUUCCAUCCGCAGCGUUUACGUCGCCUCGCUCUACUUCACCCUCAGUAGCCUCACCAGCGUGGGCUUUGGCAACGUGUCGGCCAACACUGACGCUGAGAAGAUCUUUUCUAUUUGCGUCAUGCUCAUCGGAGCAUUGAUGCAUGCAUUGGUGUUCGGAAAUGUGACAGCCAUAAUCCAGAGGAUGUACUCCCGCUGGUCCCAGUACCACACCAGGACCAAAGACCUGAAGGACUUUAUCCGUGUCCAUCACCUGCCGCACACCCUGAAGCAGCGAAUGUUGGAGUAUUUUCAGACAACCUGGUCAGUCAACAACGGCAUCGACUGUAAUGAGCUGCUGAAGGACUUCCCGGAUGAGCUGCGUUCCGACAUCACCAUGCACCUUAACAAGGAGAUACUGGAGCUCUCUCUCUUUGCCUCGGCCAGCCGGGGUUGCCUGCGCUCCCUUUCGCUGCACAUUACAACGACCUUCUGCGCUCCUGGAGAGUACCUCCUCCGAGAGGGCGACGCUCUGCAGGCCAUCUUCUUUGUGUGCUCCGGGAGCAUGGAGGUCUUGAAGGACGGCAUGGUGUUGGCCAUUCUUGGUAAAGGGGACCUGAUCGGGGCAAACUUGUCCUUAGACGACCGAGUGAUAAAAACCAACGCAGACGUGAAAGCUCUUACUUACUGUGACCUGCAGUGUAUUAACCUCAAGGGUUUGUACGAGGUGCUGGACCUCUACCCAGAGUACUCGCACCACUUUGUCCAAGACAUCCAACAGGAUCUCACAUACAACCUGAGGGAGGGACAAGAGGCACAUGUGAAGGCCAGACUGUCCACAUCAACUGUUGAUCCUCAGUCAGGUGUGAAAAGAAAUGGCCGCCUUGUUCAGGGCUACGCUCCUCUCGCCGAGGCCCAGGGGGGACAUGACAAGGACAAGAGGGAGGAUGAUGAUGGUCUGUCAUCGGAGCAGAACACAGCAGUGAACCUCAGGGGCACAAGUGGAUCAUCUCCAGCGGGCCAACCCGGUCACAGAAGCAGGGGUCAGAGCUCAGAGAGGUCUCGGAGGAUGAGCCAGGAUAUUACACUCGUCACUUUAGACCCUUCCAACCUGAGCCCCAGGAUAGUGGACGGCACAGAGGACAAUAAGGGGACAGAAAGUCCGCUGCAUAUUCCGGGUUUCUCGUCCAGCCGUGGUUGCCGUGGCAAUGACCCCAACAGUGCCUCAGCAUGCAACACAGAUAUGCCACAGAUCAGCACAGCAGAAUUAGCAGCAAAAGCAGAGGAAACGAGGGGACAGCUGCGGCAUCUUAACCAGCAGGUGCUAAACCUCGGCAGGGAAGUUGCAGACCUUGGCCAAGUGAUGAAGAGGAUGGCCCAGCUCAUGGAGACCCUGAUGUCAACCGGGCCCCAAUCAGCACUGGUCUGCUCCCCGGGGCACCGCAUGUACCUUCCCCACAAUAAGCCACCUUCAUGUUUUCCUUCUCCGCCCUCGUCUCAGACUGCCUCCAAAUGGGCGGACACGCCCAAGUCACUGCCUCCCUCACAGCAUAGCCCCCAAACGCGUAGACCCCAGGACCUUCCACUAGGGUGCGCCCCAUUUCCCUCCCCCAUCCCCGCAGCAGACGCUUGCCUGACUUCCUCGCCCCUUAGCUCGCCAGAGACUUGUCAAUACAAGGACAGGCUUUCUACCUCGAUAAGGUCAAGGGUAUGCAGUCCACCUCUGCGGGACGGGGGGUAUGCUAGCCCUCAUCGGAGCUCUGGGUGCUCCAUUCAGUAUGGACCUGUGGAGACCUACCAGAACCAACCCAAGAGUUUGUAG